CUAAAUGCUGGAAGAAAUCUGCCUUAGUCCAAGUGAAGCUGGGAAGGAGGAAAACUGUGAGUGGGACUUGAGAGGUCUGCAUAAUGAAAGAUUAUUUCUGUUUUAAAGAAGAGGUGAGAGCACAGAGAUAACAGAGGUACUAUCUACAGCCGCCUUUCUCUUGAAACCUCCAUGAUGAAUCAUAUGGGCUUUCUCUUGGCCACCCUCUAUGCUUUGAAGGACUAAUGGCAAAGAAGUAAACCAGCAUGGCAGCUAUGGUCCCACCUGUGAAGCUGAAGUGGCUUGAACACCUAAACAGCUCCUGGAUCACAGAAGACAGUGAAUCUAUUGCAACAAGGGAGGGAGUUUCUGUCUUGUAUGCUAAGUUAGUUAGCAAUAAAGAAGUAGUGCCAUUGCCCCAGCAGGUUCUGUGCCUCAAGGGACCUCAGUUACCAGAUUUUGAGCGGGAAUCUCUAUCUAGUGAUGAACAGGACCACUACUUGGAUGCCCUUCUUAGCAGCCAGCUGGCACUGGCAAAGAUGGUGUGCUCAGACUCUCCGUUUGCUGGAGCUCUUCGAAAGCGUCUCCUAGUGCUACAGCGUGUCUUCUACGCACUUUCUAAUAAAUACCAUGAUAAGGGUAAGGUGAAACAGCAGCAGCAUUCACCAGAAAGCAGUUCUGGAUCCACAGAUGUGCACUCUGUCAGUGAACGACCGAGGUCAAGCACAGACGCACUCAUAGAAAUGGGAGUUCGGACUGGAUUGAGCUUGUUAUUUGCACUGCUGAGACAAAGCUGGAUGAUGCCUGUGGCAGGACCUGGCCUCAGUCUCUGCAAUGAUGUUAUCCAUACAGCAAUAGAAGUUGUGAGCUCUUUACCACCUUUAUCUCUAGCAAAUGAAAGCAAGAUUCCACCAAUGGGUUUGGACUGUUUGUCACAAGUAACAACUUUUCUUAAAGGAGUAACGAUUCCAAACUCUGGGGCAGAUACUCUAGGUCGAAGAUUAGCUUCUGAGUUGCUUCUUGGUUUGGCUGCCCAACGAGGUGCCUUGAGAUACCUUCUUGAAUGGAUAGAAAUGGCUUUAGGUGCUUCAGCUGUAGUAAACACCAUGGAGAAAACCAAGUUACUGCAAAGUCCAGAAGGGAUGAUCAGCUUUGAUUGCUUUAUGAGUAUAUUGACCCAGAUGCGACGAUCUCUGGGAUCAUCUGCUGAUCGAAGUCAAUGGAGAGAGCCAACCAGAACGUCAGAUGGCUUAUGUUCUCUGUAUGAGGCAGCUCUGUGUUUAUUUGAAGAGGUUUGCCGAAUGGCCUCAGACUAUUCAAGGACAUGUGCUAGCCCUGACAGCAUUCAAACAGGCGAUGCUCCCAUUGUGUCAGAGACCUGUGAGGUGUAUGUGUGGGGCAGUAACAGCAGUCACCAGCUUGUAGAAGGAACUCAAGAGAAAAUACUUCAACCUAAGCUUGCUCCAAGCUUUUCUGAUGCACAGACGAUUGAAGCUGGACAAUAUUGUACAUUUGUCAUUUCUACGGAUGGUUCUGUUAGAGCCUGUGGAAAAGGCAGCUAUGGGAGAUUGGGACUUGGAGACUCCAACAAUCAGUCCACAUUGAAAAAAUUGACUUUUGAGCCUCACAGGUCUAUUAAAAAGGUGUCAUCUUCAAAAGGAUCUGAUGGUCACACUUUAGCAUUUACAACGGAAGGGGAAGUCUUCAGCUGGGGUGAUGGUGACUAUGGAAAACUAGGACAUGGAAAUAGUUCUACUCAGAAAUAUCCCAAACUUAUUCAGGGUCCCCUGCAAGGGAAGGUGGUUGUGUGUGUGUCGGCGGGCUACAGACACAGUGCUGCUGUUACAGAAGAUGGAGAGCUGUACACGUGGGGAGAAGGAGACUUUGGAAGAUUAGGUCAUGGUGACAGCAACAGCCGCAACAUUCCAACUUUGGUAAAAGAUAUUAGCAAUGUAGGAGAGGUUUCCUGUGGCAGUUCACACACGAUAGCUCUGUCCAAAGAUGGAAGAACAGUGUGGUCAUUUGGAGGAGGAGACAACGGCAAACUUGGUCAUGGUGAUACAAAUAGAGUAUAUAAACCUAAAGUUAUAGAAGCCUUGCAAGGAAUGUUUAUUCGAAAAGUUUGUGCUGGAAGUCAGUCUUCGCUUGCCUUGACAUCAACAGGGCAGGUUUAUGCGUGGGGCUGCGGGGCCUGCCUUGGCUGUGGCUCUUCAGAGGCGACUGCUCUCAGACCCAAGCUCACUGAAGAGCUGGCGGCUACCAGAAUAGUUGACAUUUCCAUUGGUGACAGUCACUGUUUGGCACUUUCUCAUGAUAAUGAAGUUUAUGCUUGGGGUAACAAUUCAAUGGGACAGUGUGGACAGGGAAACUCUACUGGCCCCAUUACUAAACCAAAGAAAGUAAGUGGUUUAGAUGGAGUUGCAAUUCAACAGAUUUCGGCAGGAACAUCCCAUAGCCUUGCCUGGACAGCUCUUCCAAGGGACAGGCAAGUUGUGGCAUGGCACAGACCCUAUUGUGUCGACCUUGAAGAAAGUACCUUUUCACAUCUUCGUUCUUUUCUUGAGCACUACUGUGACAAAAUUAACAGUGAAAUUCCCCCUCUUCCUUUUCCUUCAUCAAGGGAACAUCACAAUUUUCUUAAAUUGUGUUUGAAGCUGCUUUCUAAUCACCUUGCACUUGCACUGGCUGGAGGUGUAGCCACCAGCAUUCUUGGACGGCAGGCUGGUCCUCUUAGAAAUCUCUUGUUCAGACUGAUGGACUCUUCUGUCCCUGAUGAAAUUCAAGAAGUUGUAAUUGAGACACUGUCAGUUGGAGCAACUAUGCUACUUCCUCCAUUGCGAGAGAGAAUGGAAUUGCUGCAUUCUCUUCUACCCCAAGGUCCUGAUAGAUGGGAAAGCUUAUCAAAAGGACAGAGAAUGCAGUUGGACAUCAUUCUGACAAGCUUGCAGGAUCACACCCAUGUAGCUUCCCUGCUUGGCUAUAGCUCCCCAUCUGAUACUACGGAAACUGCCUCAAUGUGUAUCAGCUAUGGAAACCUCUCUGAUCAAGCAUAUGCUGUCCAGAGCAGUCAUCCAGAUACUCAUCUAGCUGAAAUCUUAAUGAAGACUCUUCUGAGAAACUUGGGAUUUUAUACAGACCAAGCCUUUGGAGAACUGGAAAAAAACAGUGAUAAAUUUCUACUAGGUACAUCAUCUUCAGAAAACAGCCAACCUGCUCAUUUGCAUGAGCUUUUGUGUUCCCUACAGAAACAAUUGCUGGCUUAUUGCCACAUCAACAGUGUUACUGAGAAUUCCAGCAGUGUGGCACUGCUUCACAAGCACCUUCAGCUUUUAUUGCCUCAUGCUACAGAUAUCUAUUCCCGUUCUGCAACACUGCUUAAGGAAAGCUCUUGGAAUGGUAGUGUUGGGGAAAAACUGAGAGAUGUGAUUUAUGUAUCAGCUGCUGGCAGUAUGCUCUCCCAAAUUGUCAACUCACUGUUGCUGCUGCCAGUGUCAGUAGCCCGGCCUUUGCUGAGUUACCUGCUGGAUCUGCUGCCACCUUUAGAUCGUCUCAACAGACUCUUGCCUGCUGCAGCCCUUUUGGAAGAUCAGGAAUUACAGUGGCCUCUUCAUGGUGGCCCUGAGUUGAUUGACCCUGCGGGCGUGCCCCUGCCACAGCCUGCCCAGUCAUGGGUGUGGCUGGUGGACCUGGAGAGGACGGUGGCCCUGCUCAUUGGGCGCUGCCUGGGGGGGAUGCUGCAGGGCCCUCCAGUGUCCCCCGAGGAGCAGGACACGGCCUACUGGCUCAAAACCCCUCUGUUCAGCGAUGGAGUGGAGAUGGAUAUUCCUCAUUUAGACAAAUGCAUGAGCUCCUUGUUAGAAGUGGCCCUGUCUGGAAAUGAGGAGCAGAAGCCCUUUGAUUAUAAGCUGAGACCGGAGAUCGCAGUCUAUGUUGAUUUGGCCUUGGGUUGUACAAAAGAGCCAGCAAGGAGCCUCUGGAUCAGUAUGCAAGACUAUGCUGUCAGUAAAGAUUGGGAUACUGCAACUUUAAGUAAUGAAUCCCUGCUAGACACUGUGUCCAGAUUUGUCCUUGCAGCUCUUCUGAAACAUACGAGUUUACUUAGUCAAGCUUGUGGUGAGAGCAGGUACCAGCCUGGUAAGGCCUUGGCAGAAGUUUACCGCUGUGUGUAUAAAGUUCGGAGUCGCUUGCUUGCCUGCAAGAACAUGGAGCUGAUUCAGACCAGGUCAUCCUCCAGAGACAGAUGGAUGCUAGAUAACCAAGAAUCUGCUGAUGUUGAUACUCAAGAACAUUCUUUUACUCGUACAAUUGAUGAAGAAGCAGAAAUGGAGGAGCAGGCAGAACGUGACAGGGAGGAAGGACACCCAGAACAAGAAGAUGAAGAGGAGGAAAGAGAACAUGAAGUUAUGACAGCUGGUAAAAUAUUUCAAUGUUUCCUAUCAGCCCGUGAAGUAGCUCGCAGUCGGGAUCGAGAUAGGAUGAGCACAGGGACGGGAUCUAGAGUUGAUGAUCCACCUGCUCAGUCCCAGCAGGAACGAAGGAUCAGCACUGAUCUGACAGAAGGGCAGGAUGUGUACACUGCUGCCUGCAACUCUGUGAUCCACAGAUGUGCCUUGCUGAUCUUGGGCGUGAGCCCUGCCAUUGAGGAGCUGCAGAAGCGAAGGGAGGAUGGGCAGCUCCAGCAGCCUCCCUCUGCUGCUCCAGAGGGCAUUGGGCUCAUGACCAGCAGGAGUGAAAGUCUUACAGCAGAAAGUCGCUCAAUCCAUGCAAACUCAAGCUACAGACUGAUGAAGUCAAGAAGUGAAUCUGAUUUGUCUCAGCCAGAAUCAGAUGAGGAAGGUUAUUCACUGAGUGGAAGACGAAAUGUUGAUUUGGAUUUGGCAGCAUCACACAGGAAGAGGGUGUAUUUACUCCUUUUUGGCCAGUUGAGCCCCAGAAAAAAGAAGAGCUUCAAGCAAGUAACUGAUGGAGCAAUACACAGUCAAAUGGAAUCUCUGAGUGACUCGUGGGUUCGACUGAAACACAGCAGAGAUUGGUUAUACACGUCCUCCUACUCAUUUGUUGAGUCUGAUUUUGAUCUCUCAAAAUCCCUUGGAGUUCAUACUUUGAUUGAAAAUGCUGUUAGUUUUGUAAGUGGAGAUGUGGGAAGCUCCCCAGGAUUUAAGGAACCAGAGGAAAGUAUGUCCACCAGUCCACAAGCAUCAAUAAUUGCAAUGGAGCAGCAGCAGUUGAGGGCUGAGCUUCGUCUGGAAGCACUUCAUCAGAUUUUGGUGCUUCUAUCAGGAAUGGAGGAAAAAGGCUGUGUGCCAUUAAUGGGAAGCCACCAAGUACCAGGAUUUCAGUCUUCUUCGCUGCUUACUUCUGUUAGACUCCAGUUUCUUGCUGGCUGCUUUGGUCUGGGCACUGUAGGACAUGCAGGGGCUAAAGGAGAGAGUGUAAGAUUGCAUCACUACCAGGAUGGUAUCAGAGCAGCCAAGAGGAGUAUUCAAAUUGAAAUCCAGGUGGCUGUGCACAAAAUUUACCAGCAAUUAUCUGCUACUUUAGAAAGAGCUCUACAAGCUAAUAAGCAUCACAUAGAAGCACAACAGCGUCUGCUGUUGGUGACAGUCUUUGCUCUCAGCGUGCACUAUCAGCCUGUUGAUGUCUCCUUGGCCAUUUCCACGGGGCUGUUAAAUGUGCUGUCCCAGCUGUGUGGCACAGACACCAUGUUAGGACAGCCCCUGCAGCUGCUGCCCAAAACUGGGAUUUCUCAGCUCAGCACAGCUUUGAAAGUAGCCAGCACGAGACUGCUGCAGAUCCUGGCUAUCACCACAGGAACCUAUGCAGAUAAACUGAGCCCAAAGGUGGUGCAGUCCUUGCUGGAUUUAUUAUGCAGCCAGCUGAAGAACUUGCUGUCACAAGCUGGUGUGAUGCUGAUGGCUUCCUUUGGAGAAGGAGAAGAUGAGGAAGGUGAAGUGGAAUCAAAAAAGGCAGAUUUGAAUGGGGAUAAUGAAAAGAGAGACUUCAGAGCUGCCCUUCGAAAGCAACAUGCAGCAGAAUUGCACCUGGGAGACUUUCUUGUUUUCCUGCGUAGAGUUGUGUCUUCAAAAGCAAUUCAGUCCAAGAUGGCAUCUCCAAAGUGGACAGAAGUCCUUCUUAACAUUGCUUCCCAGAAGUGUUGCUCAGGAGUUCCCUUGGUUGGCAAUUUGAGGACUAGACUGCUUGCACUUCAUGUACUAGAAGCUGUGUUACCUGCAUGUGAAUCUGGUGUUGAAGAUGAUCAGAUGGCUCAGGUUGUUGAACGAUUGUUCUCACUUCUAUCUGACUGCAUGUGGGAGAGUCCAAUAGCCCAGGCCAAACAUGCAAUUCAAAUAAAGGAGAAAGAGCAAGAAAUGAAGCUGCAGAAGCAAGGAGAGUCUGAGGAUGAAGAUGAGAAUCUUCCCAUCCAGGAAGUGUCCUUUGAUCCUGAGAAAGCUCAGUGCUGCAUAGUGGAGAAUGGGCAGAUUCUAACUCAUGGAAGUGGAGGCAAAGGAUAUGGCUUAGCUUCCACUGGAGUUACUUCUGGUUGUUACCAGUGGAAGUUCUACAUCGUGAAGGAGAACAGAGGCAAUGAAGGCACUUGUGUGGGAGUGUCUCGCUGGCCCGUGCAUGACUUCAACCAUCGCACCACCUCAGAUAUGUGGCUCUACAGAGCCUACAGUGGCAACCUGUAUCACAAUGGAGAGCAGACUUUGACUCUGUCAAGCUUUACCCAAGGAGAUUUCAUUACAUGUGUGUUAGAUAUGGAAGCAAGAACUAUUUCCUUCGGUAAAAAUGGAGAGGAACCAAAACUAGCUUUUGAAGAUGUGGAUGCAGCUGAGUUAUACCCUUGUGUUAUGUUCUAUAGCAGUAACCCAGGAGAGAAGGUGAAGAUCUGUGAUAUGCAGAUGCGUGGGACACCGCGAGAUUUGCUGCCAGGUGAUCCCAUCUGCAGUCCUGUUGCUGCAGUGCUGGCAGAAGCCACGAUCCAGCUCAUUCGAAUCCUGCAUCGCACAGACCGCUGGACAUACUGCAUCAAUAAAAAAAUGAUGGAAAGACUGAAUAAAAUCAAAAUAUGUCUUAAGGAAGCAGGUCAAAAACUGAAGAAAAGUCGCUCUGUUCAAAGCAGAGAAGAGAACGAGGUGAGAGAGGAGAAAGAAAACAAAGAGGAGGAGAAAAUCAAGCACAGCCGCCAUGGCCUGGCAGAGCUCUCAGAGCUGCAGCUGAAGAUGCUCUGUGUGGAGGUGUGGCCUGUCCUAGCAGUGAUUGGUGGAGUGGAUGCUGGGCUCAGAGUUGGAGGUCGAUGUGUCCACAAGCAAACGGGCCGUCAUGCCACCCUGCUGGGUGUGGUGAAGGAGGGCAGUACCUCUGCCAAGGUCCAGUGGGAUGAAGCAGAGAUUACAAUCAGCUUCCCAACUUUUUGGUCGCCUAGUGAUACUCCGUUGUAUAAUCUGGAGCCCUGUGAACCACUGCCUUUUGAUGUUGCAAGAUUUCGUGGGCUGACAGCCACUGUGUUACUGGACCUUACCUAUCUAACUGGCAUUCAUGAAGAUACGGGAAAGCAAAGCACCAAGAGACAUGAGAAAAAACACAGACGUGAAUCUGAAGAUAAAGGGGAAGUGGACCAGAAAAUGGAGGGUGACAUUGGAUCAGAUACACGAUUAGGCCAAAGUGCUGAUGAUAACAAAGGACAUGUUGCUACAACCUCUAAGUCAGAAAAUGAAAUUGUUUCCUUUUCUCUAGAACCAUCAACACUAGGUAUGGAAUCCCAACACCAACCUGCUGAAGGAAGAAAAAAGAAUCAUGAGCACACUCCACGAAGUCAUGAUAUAGUGCAGUCAGAAAUCCGAGCUGUACAGCUGUCUUACCUUUAUCUUGGUGCUAUGAAGUCACUUAGUGUUCUUCUUAGUUGUAGUAAGUACGCUGAGCUGCUGUUAAUCCCCAAAGUGCUGGCCGAGAACGGCCACAACUCUGACUGCGCAGGCUCACCGGUGGUGCACGAGGACGUGGAGCUGCGUGCGGCGCUGCAGUUCCUGAUGCGGCACAUGGUGAAACGCGCGGUCAUGCGCUCGCCCAUCAAGAGGGUACUGGGGCUGGCAGACCUGGAGCGGGCACAGGCCAUGAUCUACAAAUUAGUGGUUCAUGGGCUGCUGGAGGACCAAUUUGGUGGCAGACUUAAACAAGAAGUGGAGCAACAAGUAGAAGAAGGUGAUCAGUCUCAGCAAGCCCAAACACCAGUUACAACCAGCCCUUCUGCUUCUAGCACAACAUCUUUCAUGAGCAGCUCUCUGGAGGAUACCACCACUGCUACUACGCCAGUAACUGAUACAGAAACAGUUCCAGCAUCAGAAUCACCUGGUGUUAUGCCUCUCAGUCUGCUGAGGCAAAUGUUUUCCAGUUAUCCUACUACAACGGUACUUCCAGCACGGCGUGCUCAGACUCCACCAAUAUCUUCUUUACCAACAUCUCCUUCAGAUGAAGUUGGAAGGAGGCAAAGUUUGACCUCUCCAGAUUCCCAGUCUGCAAGGCCUGCCAAUCGCACAGCUUUGUCUGAUCCAAGCAGCCGGCUUUCAACAUCCCCUCCUCCUCCUGCCAUCGCUGUUCCCUUGCUAGAAAUGGGGUUCUCCCUCAGGCAAAUUGCAAAAGCUAUGGAAGCUACAGGUGCCAGAGGAGAAGCAGAUGCACAGAACAUCACAGUGCUGGCCAUGUGGAUGAUCGAGCACCCUGGAAACGAAGAUGAUGAAGAGCCUCAGUCAGAGGGAACUGUAGAGUCACGGCAUGGAACAGUUGUCUCUGGCAGUGGUGGGAAAUCUGGGGAUCAUUGCUAUUUGCAGUCUCCAGGUGAUAUCCCUUCUGCUGAUGCCCCUGAAAUGGAGGAAGGCUUUAGUGAGAGCCCUGAUAACCUGGAUCAUGUGGAUAAUGCAGCUGCAGCGAGUGGCCCUCCCUCUCGAAGUCGGUCAGCUGUCACACGGAGGCACAAAUUUGAUUUAGCUGCCCGAACGUUGCUGGCACGUGCUGCGGGAUUGUACCGCUCAGUGCAGGCCCACAGGAACCAGAGCCGCAGGGAAGGGAUCUCCUUGCAGCAAGAUCCAGGGGCACUGUAUGACUUCAACUUGGAUGAGGAGUUGGAGAUUGACCUUGAUGAUGAAGCAAUGGAAGCUAUGUUUGGGCAAGAUCUUGCUAGUGAUAAUGAUAUUCUGGGAAUGUGGAUCCCAGAGGUACUGGAUUGGCCUACCUGGCACGUCUGUGAAUCUGAAGAUAGAGAAGAAGUGGUGGUUUGUGAGCUGUGUGAAUCCAGCGUGGUCAGCUUUAACCAGCACAUGAAGAGGAACCACCCUGGCUGCGGGCGCAGCGCCAACCGCCAGGGCUACCGCAGCAACGGCUCCUAUGUGGAUGGCUGGUUCGGUGGGGAGUGUGGCAGUGGGAACCCCUACUACCUCCUGUGUGGAAUCUGCAGAGAGAAAUACCUGGCCCUCAAGAGCAAAUCUAAAAUAUCAGCCUCAGAAAGGUACAAAGGCCAGGCCCCUGAUCUAAUAGGUAAACAAGACAGUGUCUAUGAAGAAGACUGGGACAUGUUAGAUGUGGAUGAAGAUGAAAAGCUGACAGGAGAAGAGGAGUUUGAACUAUUGGCUGGGCCUCUUGGGUUAAAUGAUCGGCGCAUUGUACCUGAACCUGUUCAGUUCCCUGACAGUGACCCUCUGGGUGCUUCAGUUGCAAUGGUGACAGCCACCAACAGUAUGGAAGAAACACUGAUGCAAAUAGGCUGUCACGGCUCAAUAGAAAAGAGUUCUUCUGGCAGGAUAACCUUAGGAGAACAAGCAGCUGCUCUGGUAAAUCCACAUGACCGUGUCAUGGCUCUCAGAAGAGUGACAGCUGCUGCCCAAGUGCUCCUGGCAAGAACAAUGGUUAUGAGAGCGCUCUCACUUCUGUCUGUCAGUGGUUCCAGUUGUAGCCUGGCAGCUGGCCUUGAAUCCCUGGGACUGACAGACAUCCGCACUUUGGUUCGUUUGAUGUGCCUGGCGGCAGCGGGAAGGGCAGGCCUGUCCACCAGCCCAGCCACGGUGUCCAGCUCCACGGAGAGAUCCAGGGGCAUCCACAGCAAAACCAGCAAGCCCAUCUCUUGCCUCGCCUACCUGAGCACUGCAGUUGGCUGCUUGGCAUCAAACACUCCCAGUGCUGCAAAGCUGCUGGUGCAGUUAUGUACACAGAAUUUGAUUUCUGCAGCAACUGGUGUGAACUUGACAACAGUUGAUGAUCCAAUUCAGAGAAAAUUUCUACCAAGUUUUUUAAGAGGAAUUGCAGAAGAAAGCAAACUUGUCACAUCUCCAAAUUUUGUGGUUACUCAAGCACUAGUAGCAUUGUUGGCCGACAAAGGGGCCAAACUGCGGCCAAACUAUGAUAAAGCUGAAAUUGAAAAGAAAGGUUUAAUUGCCCAUUUGUAUGCCCAUCCUUGCUAUGAUCCCUCUGCUGUAGGCCCUCUUGAGCUGGCGAACGCGCUGGCUGCGUGCUGCCUGUCGUCGCGCCUGUCGUCGCAGCACCGGCAGUGGGCGGCGCAGCAGCUGGUGCGCACGCUGGCCGCGCACGACCGCGACAACCAGAGCGCGCCACAGACCCUCGCUGACAUGGGCGGAGACCUGCGCAAGUGCUCCUUUAUCAAGCUCGAGGCUCACCAGAACAGGGUCAUGACAUGUGUUUGGUGCAAUAAAAAGGGACUUUUGGCAACAAGUGGGAAUGAUGGCACCAUCAGAGUGUGGAAUGUGACAAAGAAGCAAUAUUCACUGCAACAGACCUGUGUGCUGAACAAGCUAGAGGGUGACUCUGAAGAAGGUCUGGGGUCACCCAGUGACCUUAGUUUAUCUCUUGUCUGUUGGAGCAUCAGUGGCAAGUACCUGGCUGGAGCUACAGAAAAGAUGGUGAACAUCUGGCAAGUCAAUGGAGGAAAAGGCUUAUUAGAUCUUCAGUCUCACUGGGUAUCUGCUCUAGCCUGGCCAGAAGAAGGGCCAGCUGCAGCAUGGACAGGAGAUGCUCCAGAAUUAUUGUUAAUUGGGCGCAUGGAUGGGUCUCUGGCUCUUAUUGAAGUUGUGGAUAUUUCAGCCAUGCACCGGCUGGAACUGGAACACUGCUAUAGAAAGGAUGUGUCUGUCACAUGCCUGGCCUGGUUCAGUGAAGACAGACCAUUUGCUGUUGGCUAUUCAGAUGGAAAAUUGCUCCUAGGGACAAAGGAACCAACUGAGAAAGGAGGAGUCAUUCUCAUUGAUGCGCAUAAGGAUACGGUUGUUAGUAUGAAGUGGGAUCCAACUGGUAAGAUUCUACUGACCUGUGCAAAAGAGGAAACAGUGAAGCUCUGGGGGUGUCUGGGAGGGUGCUGGAGGCGCCUGCACUCCCUGUCCCACCCAGCCCUGGUGAAUGGCAUUGCCUGGUGUGCUCUGCCAGGGAAAGGACCCAAGGCCCAGCUUCUGUUAGCUACGGGAUGCCACAAUGGUUUGGUGUGCGUCUGGACUGUUCCCCAGGACAUUAUAAUCACAUUGCAGUCCAGCUCAGCUUGCUCAGAAGGAUGGUGGGAGCAAGAAACAAGUGCCAAGGAUGGAUUCAGGAAGGCAGUGGAAGUGAAUUGUGUGUUCCAGCUGAGAGGACACAUCACUCCUGUCCGCACUGUUGCUUUCAGUCCUGAUGGGCUGGCAUUGGUGUCUGGGGGCCUUGGUGGCCUCAUGAAUAUCUGGUCUUUACGGGACGGGUCAGUAUUGCAGAGUGUUGUGAUAGGGUCUGGAGCUAUCCAGACUGCAGUGUGGAUCCCUGAGGUUGGAGUUGCUGCCUGCUCUAACAGAUCAAAGGACGUGUUGGUGGUGAACUGCACCUCAGAGUGGAUCUCUUCCAAUCACGUGCUGGCGACGUGCAGGACUGCGCUGAAGCAGCAGGGAGUUCUGGGCUUGAACAUGGCUCCGUGCAUGCGCGCAUUCCUGGAGCGCCUGCCCGUGAUGCUGCAGGAGCAGUACGCCUAUGAGAAGCCCCAUGUGGUGUGUGGGGACCAGCUGGUUCACAGCCCCUACAUGCAGUGCUUGGCAUCCCUGGCUGUGGGGCUGCACCUGGACCAGCUGCUCUGCAACCCUCCCGUGCCCCCUCACCACCAGAGCUGCCUACCUGACCCCUCUGCCUGGAACCCCACGGAAUGGGCCUGGCUUGAGUGCUUCUCCACUACCAUAAAAGCUGCUGAAGCCCUGGCCAAGGGAGCUCAAUUCCCAGAGUCCUUCACUGUCCCAGACCUGGAGCCUGUUCCAGAGGAUGAGCUUACUCUCCUGAUGGAUAACAGUAAGUGGAUCAAUGGCAUGGAUGAACAGAUCAUGUCUUGGGCAACAUCAAGGCCAGAGGAUUGGCACUUAGGAGGCAAAUGUGACGUGUACCUGUGGGGAGCAGGACGGCACGGGCAGCUGGCAGAGGCUGGCAGAAAUGUCAUGAUCCCAGUGGCAGCACCUUCAUUCUCCCAGGCCCAGCAGGUGGUUUGUGGUCAGAAUUGUACUUUUGUCAUCCAAGCCAAUGGCACAGUUUUGGCUUGUGGUGAGGGGAGCUAUGGGCGACUGGGACAAGGAAAUUCUGACGAUCUUCAUGUCUUAACUGUCAUUUCAGCACUGCAAGGCUUUGUUGUGACACAGCUGGUGACCUCCUGUGGGUCAGAUGGACAUUCCAUGGCUUUGACAGAAAGUGGGGAAGUCUUCAGCUGGGGAGAUGGGGACUAUGGCAAGCUGGGCCAUGGGAACAGCGACAGGCAGCGCAGGCCCAGGCAGAUUGAGGCUCUGCAGGGAGAAGAAGUUGUGCAGAUGUCAUGUGGCUUCAAGCAUUCAGCUGUGGUGACAGCAGAUGGCAAACUUUUUACAUUUGGAAAUGGAGACUAUGGUCGAUUGGGGCUUGGAAAUACUUCCAAUAAGAAACUUCCAGAAAGAGUGACGGCACUGGAAGGUUACCAGAUUGGCCAGGUUGCCUGUGGCCUCAAUCACACUGUGGCUGUGUCAACAGAUGGCUCAAUGGUUUGGGCUUUUGGAGAUGGAGAUUAUGGUAAACUUGGUUUGGGAAAUUCCACUGCAAAGUCCUCACCACAGAAAGUGGAUAUUCUUUGUGGAAUUGGAAUAAAAAAAGUUGCCUGCGGAACUCAGUUCUCAGUUGCGCUGACAAAAGAUGGUCAUGUGUAUACUUUUGGCCAAGAUCGCCUGAUCGGGCUGCCCGAGGGCCGCGCCCGCAACCACAACCGGCCGCAGCAGGUGCCGCUGCUGGCCGGGGUCUUCAUCGAGGACAUCGCUGUUGGCGCCGAGCACACGCUGGCGCUGUCCUCCACGGGGGACGUCUACGCCUGGGGAAGCAACUCUGAAGGCCAGCUGGGACUGGGCCACACCAACCACGUGCGGGAGCCCACGCUGGUGACGGUGCUGCAGGGGAAGAACGUGCGGCAGAUCUCGGCCGGCCGCUGCCACAGUGCGGCCUGGACAGCUCCGCCCGUCCCCCCUCGGGCUCCGGGUGUUUCAGUGCCUUUGCAGCUUGGUUUACCUGAUGCCAUCCCACCCCAGUAUGGGGCACUGAAAGAAGUGAGCAUUCAUACAGUGAGAGCAAGGCUGAGGCUGCUCUACCAUUUCUCUGACCUCAUGUACUCUUCAUGGCGAUUACUUAACCUCAGUCCCAAUAACCAGAACAGUACGUCUCAUUACAAUGCUGGAACAUGGGGGAUAGUGCAGGGACAGCUGAGGCCCUUGCUGGCUCCGCGGGUGUACACCCUACCCAUGGUGCGCUCCAUAGGCAAAACCAUGGUGCAGGGCAAGAACUAUGGGCCCCAGAUCACUGUGAAAAGGAUCUCCACCAGGGGUCGGAAGUGCAAGCCCAUUUUUGUCCAGAUAGCAAGGCAAGUGGUAAAGUUGAAUGCAUCAGACCUUCGCUUACCCUCUCGUGCCUGGAAAGUGAAGCUGGUUGGAGAAGGAGCUGAUGAUGCAGGUGGAGUGUUUGAUGACACCAUUACAGAAAUGUGUCAGGAACUGGAAACUGGAAUAGUAGACCUGCUUAUUCCUUCCCCAAAUGCUACAGCUGAAGUAGGCUACAAUAGGGAUAGAUUUCUCUUUAACCCUUCAGCAUGUUUAGAUGAACAUCUGAUGCAGUUUAAGUUCUUGGGCAUUCUCAUGGGUGUAGCUAUUCGUACAAAAAAGCCAUUAGAUCUUCAUUUGGCUCCGAUGGUCUGGAAGCAACUUUGUUGUAUCCCACUUAUCUUGGAGGAUUUGGAGGAGGUAGAUCUGCUCUAUGUGCAGACCCUCAACAGCAUUCUUCACAUUGAAGACAGUGGGAUUUCUGAAGAAAAUUUCCAUGAGAUGAUUCCUUUAGAUUCUUUUGUUGGCCAAAGUGCUGAUGGUAAAAUGGUUCCCAUAAUCCCUGGAGGGAACAGUAUCCCACUUACCUUUUCGAACAGGAAAGAGUAUGUGGAGAGGGCAAUUGAGUACAGACUCCAUGAAAUGGACCGACAGGUGGCUGCUGUCAGGGAAGGAAUGUCUUGGAUUGUUCCCGUCCCUUUGCUGUCCCUUCUGACUGCCAAGCAGUUGGAGCAGAUGGUCUGUGGAAUGCCAGAAAUAUCAGUUGAGGUUCUGAAGAAGGUUGUGCGAUACAGAGAAGUUGAUGAGCAGCAUCAGCUGGUGCAGUGGUUCUGGCACACCCUGGAAGAAUUUUCAAAUGAGGAGAGAGUCCUUUUCAUGAGGUUUGUGUCAGGAAGAUCUCGACUGCCAGCCAACACAGCUGAUAUCUCUCAGCGAUUCCAAAUAAUGAAGGUUGAUAGGCCAUACGACAGCUUGCCUACCUCACAGACUUGUUUCUUUCAACUGAGGCUCCCACCUUACUCCAGUCAAGUAAUCAUGGCAGAGCGUUUGCGCUAUGCAAUCAAUAAUUGCAGGUCUAUAGACAUGGACAAUUACAUGCUCUCCCGGAAUGUGGACAAUGCAGAGGGCUCAGACACAGAUUAUUAAUAUUCUGUGAACAAAAUCAUCUUCCUUUUACUACAAAUAGUGCCCUAAGUCAAAUUCAUCGUUGACAUAAUUUUACAGUAACCAUAGAUGUUUUAGGAGCAUAAAACCAGAUAUUAAUAGAUGGUGGCCACACUUUAGUUACUCUAAAUGUAACAAAAAAUUAGAUGUUUUUAUUUUUUUGUGAUUGUAAAAAAGAAAAAAGGAAAAACAAAACAAAAAAGUAUGAUCAGUGAGUUUUUUCUCCUUUUUUGGUCACUUUUGAUAAGUUUGCAUGGAGACAUUUUGGUGUAUUUUUGUUGGGAAUAGUACAUUUGUAAGCCCUCUCAGUGAACAUGAAGAGUUGUACAUUGUGUAUAAUUGUUCAUUAGCCAGAACAGUUUUACAUGAAUAUUCACAUAUUUAUUUUGUUUUAAUUUGAAUUGCCUGUGCAGGGUUUCUUCUGCAGAGAAAAAUAAAGCAAAUUCAAGACUCA